UUUUGUGCGACUCCUAGUCCUCCGUCGAGUGUUGUGCGUAGGUACGCUUCCGCUCGCGUCGCGCCAACCUAAAAGGACCAGCUAGCAGCUCCAUACGGCACAGAUGCCCAGCACGGAACAAGAACACCACAGUGAUGGCGACAGGAGGAGGAGGAGGCGUCGUCGCUCCGCCGCCGGAGGUGAUCGUCGUCGGGGCGGGGCCGUCGGGGCUCGCGGUCUCGGCGUGCCUCUCCCUCCGCGGGGUGCCCAGCCUCGUCCUCGAGCGCGACGACUGCGUGGGCUCCCUGUGGCGGAAGCGCGCCUACGACCGCCUCACCCUCCACCUCCCCAAGCAGGCCAGCGCGCUGCCGCACGCGCCGCACGCCGACGAGGCCCCCACCUACCUGCCCCGCGACGACUUCGUCCGCUACCUCGACGGCUACGCCGGCCGCUUCGGCGUCCGCGCGCGCCUCCGACGGGAGGUCCGCGCCGCGCGCUUCGACGCCGCGCGCCGGCGCUGGGACGUCGAGGCGCUCGACCACGGCACCGGGGAGCUCGAGCGCCACGCCGCGAGGUUCCUCGUCGUCGCCACGGGGUCCUACGACGAGAAGUUCGUGCCGAAGGUGCCCGGCCUGGAGGGGUUCCCCGGGAAGGUGAUGCACGCCAGCGAGUACAGGUCGGGGAAGGGGAUGGAGGGGAAGAGCGUCCUCGUCGUCGGAUGCGGCAACUCCGGCAUGGAGAUCGCGCUCGACCUCGCUGAAAACGGCGCUAUCACCUCCAUCGUCGUGCGCAGCGAGGUCCACAUCCUGACGAAGCAGAUACUGAACCUGGGGGUGAAGCUGGGCUUUUACCUGCCGAUCUGGAUGAUCGACAUGCUGGCGCUGUUCCUGUGCUACCUCGUGUUCGGGGACACGUCCAAGCACGGGAUCAAGAGGCCCGCCGUCGGGCCCUUCACCAUGAAUAGGCAGACCGCCGCCCUCCCCGUCAUCGACGUCGGCACCUACAAGAAGAUCAAGAGCGGCGAGAUUCAGGUUAUACCGACAGGCAUGACGAGCGUGCAAGGGAACGUCGUCGAGUUCGCCGACGGGAGGCGGCAUCCUUUCGACGCCAUCGUCUUCGCCACCGGCUACCGGAGCGGCAUAAAGCGGUGGCUCCAGGACGGCAGCAGCGAGCUGGUCGGCAACGACGGGAUCCUGAAGCAGCGCAGCCCCAAGGCGGGGAACGGGCUCUACUACGCGGGGCUCUCCGGGAGAGGCAUCUUUGGCAGCGGCACGGACGCCGAGUUCAUCGCCGACGACAUCAGCAAGCAGCUGCAGCCCGUGCACGAGCACGAAGCCCAUGGCAAGCCAGAGCACUAGCUAAUGUGAGUCUGCAGACAGAGAUCAACAAGAGUCUAGGUCUAGCUGUCCUUGGGGCUUAGCUUGCCUGCAAAACGGAAAUAGAAACUAGCAACCCCUUGUAGCCGUGCGGGUAGCUUGCUUCAAUUCUGAUGGUUGCGCUUGCAUUGCAUGAGUGAAUUGAAUAGAUUUAUAAAACGUUCUUGAUUUGAUUG